AUGAAGGCACAUUUACAAGCACAAGGAGAUGGUAUAUGGGAAGCCGUUGAAAAUGGUCCGCAUAAUCCAACUAGUAUGGUUAAUGGUGUUGCCAUUCCUAAGGUUAAAAGUUCUUAUGAUGAAGAUGACAAGAAAAGAAUACUUAAUGAAAAUAAAGCUAUCAAUCUUCUUCAAAGUGCAUUAAUUAUGGACGAUUUUUUCCGUACCUCUCAAUGUAAAUCGGCAAAAGAAAUAUGGGACACUUUGGUGGAGACUCGUGAAGGAAUCGCUGAUGUUAAAAGAUCCAGAUUGAACACAUUGAGUCAAGAAUAUGAAAUGUUCAUAAUGCAUCUCGAAGAACGCACUGUUGCAUUGCAGCAAAGAUCUAUUCACUUGACGAAUCAUUUAAUUGCACUCACAAAGACCUUUGCAAAUGAUGAUCUCAACCUUAAAGUGCUAAGAUCCUUGACUAUAGAAUGGAAACCAAAAGUGACAGCUAUAUCGGAAAAGAAAAGUCUUUCUACCAUAACGUCUGCAUCAUUAUUCAGAAAACUCCAAGAACAUGAACUUGAACUUAGAAGACUUGAAAAGCAUGAAAUUCAAGAGAAGAAAUCCAAAGGAAUUGCUUUGAAAGUAGAUUCAAAAGAAGAUAAAGAUGAUGGCACACCAGAGGAAAAUAAAAAUUUCAUGCUCCUUAUUAAAAGGCUUGGCAAGAAGGAAUUCAAGAAUAAAAAAGCAUAUGGUGCAUGGAAAGAUAAUGAGAUAAUUUCUUCGUCUGGAUCGGAAAGCGACGAAUGUGCAAAUUUAGCAUUUAUGGCUUCACACCAUUCCGAUGAUGAAGAAGAUGAGGUUAAUAACGAUUUUUCUCUUUAUGGUAGUGAUGCACAAGGUGCCAUAAAUGAACUUCUUAAAGAAUGCAAAAUUCUGUAUAAAACAAUAUCAUCACAAAAUAAACUAAUUUCAUCUCUAAAAGAAAAAGUCGUGACAAUGGAAAAAGAUAUCGAAGAUGAAAAACAAAAGAUGAUUAGUGAAAAACAGAAUUUUGUAUGCUUGAAAACCACCUCAAAUAUUUGGUAUCUCGAUAGUGGUUGUUCCAAGCAUAUGUCGGGAGACAUUAACAAAUUUUCAAAUCUAGUGCUUAAGGCCAAGGGUUAUGUUACAUAUGGAUAUAACAACAAAGGAAGAAUUCUUGGCAUAGAAAAAGUUGAAUCACCACCUUUCACAUCCAUCGAAGAUGUUCUGUAUGUUGAAGGACUAAAGAAAGAUCUUCUAAGUAUUAGUCAACUUUGUGACAAAGGCUUCAAGAUCAAGUUUGCCAAGGAUGAAUGUUUGAUUGAAGAUGAAGUCACACAUGAGGUAAAACUCAAGUAUAUGUUUCUCUUUUCUUUUGAGGUGUUAAAACUUGGCUAUUCAAUUUGGUCCUUUGCCUUGAGAGUCAUGGACUCUGGACUAGCUAAUCAGACGCGAGCCCCUCCUAAAGCGGAUUCCUCCUUUCGCCCAUCAACCUACGGGGUAUUAGCAGCCGUUUCGAGUUGUUGUCCCCCUCCUAAGGGCAGGUUCUUAUGCGUUACUCACCCGUUCGCCACUGGAAACACCACUUCCCGUCCUACUUGCAUGUGUAAAGCAUGCCGCCAUCGUUCAUCCUGA